AUGUCCUUUAUGAAUGUUUCUGAAGAAGAACUAGGUAUUAAGGAUUUCCAUCCUGUUUAUAAGUCGGUUAAACCACUCUCUGCUCAUUGGAAACACAUUGCUGUUUCGUUGUAUCUAGAAAUAGAUACUAUAAAUACCAUAGCUAGCUCUUGUGGAAAUCAUGCUAUUUCGUCCCUAUAUGAAGUAUUAGAGCAUUGGUUAAGGAAAGACUAUGACUACGAGACUAAUGGCGUUCCUUGCUGGAGGAUGGUGUGUGUUGCUGUUAAAGAUGGAGGACGUGACUCGGCAUUAGCUAAUAAAAUAGCUUGUGAGCAUCCUCUAUCAACCACACCUCUUGAAAAACCAAUUGUCGUGACUCCUGAUGUUACGUUACCAUGCUUUGACGCUGGAAUAGAAUCUGGUUCUAUUCUAGCAGAAAAUAUUGAAGGGCAAAAGAAGAACAAACCUUUCAUAAUUCCAGAAACUGCAAAUGAAAGACAUGCAAUCACAAUAGGUGAUAUUACUUAUUUUCGUUCUGAGAAACUAGGAGUUGGUGCAAAGGAAAAUGCUGUUUAUAAGGGCCAAUUUAAGGGACAAGAUAUUGCUGUCAAAAAAGUUGGAAAAAAGGAUGUGAUAGAGGACAUCACAGAAAUAAAAUUGCUGAUGAAAUGCAGGAAUCAAAAUAUAGUGGAAUACUAUCAUUUUGAAAGUGAUAUAGAAUAUCAUUAUCUUGCCUUUCAACUUUGUCUGACCAGCUUAGAAAAAUUUAUUAUUGAUAAGAAGCAAAGAGAAGUAAUUUUACAAGGUUUUAUUGUUAACAAAAGAGAUAUUAUUUCUGAUGCAAUAAGAGGAUUGAACCAUUUGCAUGAGAAACACAUUGUUCAUAGAGAUAUUAAGCCAAGCAACAUUCUUCUUGUCCAAAGGCAUUCAUUUACGAAGGAAAUUAAAGCUGUUAUUGCAGAUUUUGGCACAGCAACUGAAAUAGAUUUUGAUGAAUAUUUAAAAACAAUUAGUCGUGUAAGAGGCACACUUGUAUGGCUAGCUCCUGAGUUGUUGGGGGAUAAGAAGCCAAAAUUUAGUAAAGCUAUUGAUAUAUUUUCAAUGGGUUGCGUUAUCUACUAUGUUCUCUCUGAUGGUCAUCACCCUCUUGGAGACGAGUCUCUUGACAUUGGCAUUGCACUUAAGAGCUAUAGUACCCAUUCAUUUACACUUGAUGGUAUAAGUGAUGAAGUGGAAGAUAAGGAGCCAGCUAAGGACCUUAUAAUGCAAAUGAUGCAUGAGAAUAAAGACUUGAGAAUUCCUAUAGGCAAAGUGCUAGAUCACUGUUAUUUCUGGUCUAAAGAGAAGCAGCUUAAAUUUUUAGAGGCUGCUAGUGACAUUAUUGAAUCCACUGAUGACCAUACCAUUGAACAUGGUGCAUCUGAUGUUAUUGGAACCAAUUGGAUGGACCGGAUUGAUACAGCAGGUAUUCCAGGAAAAUAUGAUCCAAUAUUAGUUAAAGACCUUCUCAGAGCUAUUAAAGCAAAGAAACAUUCACUAUCUGUUUCAUCAAUCAAUCGCCAUUUCCCAAUGCUUCUGAUACAUGUAUACAAGCAAAUGAAAUCUCAUGAUAAAACUUUGUUGUGCUAUUAUCAAAGUGAUGCAGGGGACACCAGAAAUUUGCAGAAUCUUAUUAAAGAAAAGGAACGACAAAUAGUGACAUUGAAUGAGCUACUAAAAAAAACAGAGCAAGAACUGGAGGCAGAAGUAGAGAAAUAUCAAGAAGUGCAGCAAUAUCGUGACCAACUGAAUGAGAAAUACAGGGAAAUAGCCGAAAAGGACCAAGAAAUAAAAAGUUAUAGUCACCAAUUACAAGAAAAAGAAGCCCAGAGAGAGCAAGAGAACCAAGAAUAUCAAGAAUUGUUUGAAACGAUGGAUAGAAAGCUACAGGAGAAGGAUAGGGAGCUAAUGGAGAAGGAUAUGGAGCUACAGAAAAAGGAUAGGGAGCUACAGGAAAAGGAUAGGGAGCUACGUCAGUCUCAAGAGGCAGUUCGUAGGUACCAGCAACAAGCACUUACUGAUGAUCACUGGGUUAUUAAUAAAGAUGAGGUGACUUUGACAAAGGAGGAGUUAGGAAGAGGAUCUUAUGCUGUUGUUACAGUUGGUAUCUUUAGAGGUUUAAGAGUAGCUGUCAAGUCACUUCAUACUAUCAUCAUCUCCAAUUACAAUCUAGCUCUCUUCUCCAGGGAAAUGAGUAUAUCAUCACAAGUACGUCAUCCUAAGCUGGUCCAGUUUAUUGGUGCAACUAAAGUGGGUAAUCCUCUCAUCUUGACCGAGCUGAUGAGCACUAGUCUUAAUCAUGAGCUGCAGAGAAACCGAUUAAGCAAUCAACAGAUUCUGAGUAUUGCUCAAGAUGUAGCUUUAGGCCUCAACUACCUUCACCUGUUUAAACCUCAGCCUAUUAUUCACAGAGAUGUCAGCAGUCCUAACAUAUUAUUAAAGCCUUGCAGUGGAGCUGCUGGUUAUGAAGCUAAAGUAGCAGAUUAUGGUACAGCUAAAGUAGUGCAAGCUAACAGUACUGGUACUGUUAUGCCAGGCAAUGUUGCAUAUGCUGCACCAGAAGCUCCUAUUCCUGAUCAACACAGUCCAGCAAUGGAUGUCUACAGUCACUCUGUUCUCCUUAUGGAAAUGAAUUUACAUUGUCAACCAGAAAUGAGGAUAUCAGAGAGAACACAACAAUCUGGUAGAGUCUCCUGGUCUGAUAUGAAGUCUCUCAUACAAAGAGGACUUGAUGCUGAUCCUAGAGCUCGUCCUACUAUGGCUCAAGUAAUAGAGGCAUUGAAAAGGAUGAAGAUUUGAAUAGUUAAUUGUUUGAAUU